ACUGAGUUUAAGAAUUAGAAUAACAAAUUAUUUAUAUGGCAUUGCCACCAAUGCAACAACAAGUUCAAGUGGAACAGCUAAAGACAUUUUUGACCACUUAUAACAAACUUUCCGAAACAUGCUUUUCUGACUGUGUCCAUGAUUUUACCAACAGAACUAUUUCAGCGAACGAGAACACUUGCGCAAUGAAUUGCACAGAGAAGUUUUUAAAGAUCUCCCAAAGAAUUGGUAUUCGAUUUCAAGAGAUCCAAGAACUGAACAUUGUUGGCGGAACUAAGUGAUCCAAAGAAACAUAUUGGCACCUGUCUGUAGUAGUGACAUUCCGUGUUGAUAGCAUGGCUUUCGAAAUAUUUUUUCAAAAAAAAUUUUUAGUCAUAGCUAUUAGAGUCAUAUCACAGUUAAAAUUUUAUUUUACAGAAUAUGUAGACGUUAAAAAAGCGUAGAAGACAAAAACCCACGUUUUUAUUUCGUUGA